GUGUCAUUCAUUUAACCAUAUUGUUGCUUUUGUGAUACCAUAUCAUGGCGAAAUUACUAAUUAAAGCCACGGCGCUCUCACGAAUAUAGAAGUGCCUAUUUCUAAUGAAACAAAUAUUGUUUUCACGAAUAACACAACUAGUAACUUUUUGCAUUGAGAAAAUCUGCUUGUAUCAAAACUGACUGUGCUAUUGAGGCUCAGCGUACAUGUUUAAAAAAAGAAACAACCAAAAAAAAAAAAUCCGAUUUAAUUGUUCUGUAAAGUAGUGCAUCAAUGCAUUGACUCUUCAUGGGGGAUUCACCAGCAGAUAUUUUAAGCUGUAUAGAAGGAGUGAUCCGUACACGCCAUAUGUAAGAGAUAAACAUACCCCUCUUUUGUCUGUUUAAAUUAGCCAAUCGGGUCUAUAUUUUGGCUAACCCAUACUAAACUAUUGGCCAACACUCAAAGGACCCUCCCCACCCUAGAUUUUUUUUUCCUAAAUGAAUAAAACAAAAACAAUUUUGAAACCGUACUUACGAAAGUUUAUAUUACAAACACACCCAGAUUUUUUCCAUAACGAUUCAUGCAAGAAGAAAGUAAAUGCAGCUUCCUUACAAAAACUUUACAAUGUGCUUCAACCUGAUCAAGAUCAAGCCAUGACAUCCUGUCAGUUGGAAUUCUACAUUAAACAACAGCAGAAUAAAAAGAAGGAGCAACCAAAGGCCAUUGCCAGGUUCGACCCCAAGGAUUCUGAAUGGAUCAAAACGAGUGCCUUUCUUGGCCUCUGCAAACAAGUUGACAUUUCCAUAUUACAGUCAGACAUGGACAUGGUGCAAGACAUGAUUUCAAAGGAGGCAAACAAGCAUAAACCCAAGAAUCAAUACAAGUCGUUGACAAGAGAAUUUGCAGAACGCCUUUAUAAACAACACAAUGAAGAGAAACCCACAACCAUCGAAUGGAAAGCGAGCCAGAUAUUGGGUCAUAAACUUGUCAUGUUUGAUCCACAAGUCAAUAAGAAAGCAUUCUCGAAUACAUUUUCACAAUAUUUACCUCACUUACAGCCAGAAAAUUGGUGGGGGAAGGUCCCCUUGAUGGUGAUAUCUCCUAGUUCAGUAUUACCGUCAAGAGAAUUAACACAAGGCAUCCUAGUCGUUAAAAGUGAUAUGGACUUGAAAGACUUGAAAAACUACAUCAACACACACUUAGAAAGCGUGAUAAAAAACCAACCUUAAAUAAAUUUGAUGGGAUCCCAUCAUGUCAGUUUAUUUUUUUAUAUUUUGUGGUGGAUUUAAGGGAAAGGGUUUUCCUCUUCAAACAAACAAGUGGGGG